GAGGGACCAUCUUAGUAGCAGAUAAGACUUAGCGACUUACCGGUCCUUAGUACACUUCGCAAGUGCCAAAGUAUCGUGGUCCGAAAAUCACCGAUUCUUGAAGGAGUGUAAUAAGCUACUUCGGUCCGAUUCCUCCGACGGCUGUUCAUUAGGCUUGUAGGCUGACAGAUGGCAGUUAUCUGGCGAUGACGUGUCCAAGCCGUCGCCGCACAAGGUGGACUUGUAGACCGCCGUGCGAACAGUAGCCCUCAUAGCGAAUGUUACAUUCGUGAACGCGCGAGCUGUUAUAGCCGGAUCAGCACCGGAUGGCUAAUAAGUUGCUUCUACCGCUGCUUAUAGCAGGUACAGGCGUGCUGCUAGUCGCGGCUUCCACCGUCAGUGUCAUGCUGCCGCUUCUCCCCGCCACGUGGACCAAUCGCAUAGUGCCAGGCGUCGCGCUUGAAGACUUCCUCUACUACUGCAGCCUAGUGCCGAUGACAGCUGUCGUCCUCGUAUUGGCUGUCUACGGCCACUGGCUGUGCAUAAAGCUGUACAGGCAUGCGUGACAGCAGGGAAUGAUAGCCAGCCAGGGAUGGGACGGGAUGGGAUGGGGUAGGAUGGGAUGGGGUGGGGUGGGGUGGGAUGGGGUGGGAUGGGGUGGGAUGGGUUAGCCAGUCACAUUGCCAUAGUAUCGUUGGCUCCGCGUGAAGUUGUACAGGCCCACGUGAUUGUAGGGGACAGUUCAAUAAGGCGUAUGAAUGAGUUAUAGUUUCCGGUUCAAGAAGCUGGCCUAUCCUCCAAUGCGAUUUUCUCCAUACUGA